AUGAGUUGCCCUGAGACAAGAAAAUGCAAUUUUAUUAUAAAAAAUACUAAUUUUACUGAAAAUAUUGCAACAUUUAAUGGAGGAGCCAUUAGCUGAGAUGACAGAAUACCUGAACUCUCCAAUAAUUGCUACAAAAACAAUAUUGCUGAGUAUGGGCAGAGCAUUGCUUCUUUCCCUGUCAAGCUGAUGCAAGUAAAAGAAGACGGUAGCUUAAUUGACUAUAAAAGAAGAAAUUUAGAUAUUCCAAUAUCAUUCUUAAACGCAACUGAAGUAGCUUCUGGACAAACAAUAAAAGUUCCAUUACUUAUUGCUUUAGUUGACAAUUUGAAUAAUAUCGUAAGAACUGACAAUUCAAGUGAAGCCAGCCUACGAGCUGUUAAUUCAUCAACCCAAAUUUCAGGAACAACCAAAGUUACUGCUUUAAGAGGAAUUUUUAAUUUUUCCAAAUUCACUAUAUCAGAAGAGCCUGGAUUUUCUAUACAAAUAAUGGUUAAUUCUCCAGCAAUCGCUAUAGAUAAAAUAAAAAAAUCAGGGGAGUCUUUUUACAGCGAAAACUUGGCUUUGGACAUAAAAAUGAGAGAGUGUGAAAUAGGAGAAGUCAAAUCAGGGAAAAACUGUGAGGUUUGCCCUGCAGAAUUUUAUAGUCUAAACCCAAAUUUAAUUUCAUGUCUGGCUUGUCCAGAUAAUGUGGUAUGCUAUGGAAAUUAUACAAUGGUUCCAAAGCCUGGAUAUUGAAGGGACAAUAUGUAUACGGAUAAAUUUUGGAAAUGUCCGCAUGCUGAAGCUUGCCUGGGCUCACCUGAUAUAAUUAAUAUUUCUUAUACAGGGCAAUGCGGGAUUGCAUAUAAGGGCAAUAAAUGCCAAUCUUGCAAAGUUGGAUAUUCUCAUACAUCUAGUAAUAAAUGUGAAGAAUGUCCUGCUACUAAAGAAAAUAUCUUGAUAUUAUGAAAUUGUUAAACUGGCCAUAAGCGGGCAAGCCUACGAGACUUUGCCUCGUCUCAGCCCAAGAAUAGCAGUCUUCAUAUUGGAUUUCCGACCUGAACCACUUUUCCAAGGGAUCAGCCUUCAAGAUUAGAGCCAUCAUCUGUAGAGCCCCCCGAUAGUCCCAGCAAGGAAAAACAUACGGACAAAGCCUAUCUAGCCUAUUUAGAAGAGAACAGAAAACAUUUGGGGGGAAGCAAAGCUUCCCUCUUCAGCAAAGCAUCCCCAGGCCUAAAGGCCUACUUCAAAAGUGACAGAGGCCCUGCUUUCAGCUUCAUCAGGAUUGGUCCUACCAUCUUGAUAAGAAGUGGGUCUCUGAGCGUCACCAUUUUAUUUCUUGAUAUUAUUAGGAAUUACACUUUUUCUUAUUAUAUUAUUAUCUAUUAUGGUAAAUAUAACAAGAAAAUCUGCUUUUAAAUCAAAAUCACAUGUUUCAAUCUAUAACAUCUAACAAUAAAUAGAUCUUUAUAAUAUUAUCUUGCUAGUAAUCCAUAAGGGCUCUUUAAAGUCAUCCUACCAAACUAAUUUCAAAGUAAAUUGCAUAUAUAAAAAUAUUUUUGAAUUAUAUCAAAACAGUUAUUUUAGCCUCUAGCUUCAAAUUGAAUUGAUCAUCAGAAGUUGUAGAAUUUUUCAGUAUCCAAAAUAACGCUGACUAUGUUUACCAACAAAUUUAUUCAUUUCAGUGUCUCUUCAAAUACGAAGAUUCCACAAGUUUGAUUUAUUUUAGGACUCUUACUAUGAUUGCUUCUAUUCCCUUUUUGAUGCUACUUUUAUCUUUCCUAUUUUGGUAUACUAUUAAGCUAGCUAAAUCCUCAUACCAAACUUUUCGCGAUGAUUUUAUUUCAACAUGCAUUAUCUUAUUAUUUUUGAUUCACCCAAGCAUUGUGAAAAAGAUGUUUGCAUCAAUGAAUUGUACAGAAAUUAAUUCUGGCGAAUAUUGGCUUGAAGAAGAUCUUGACAUCAAGUGCUGAAAUUAUGAGCAUAUUUUUUAUAUGUUGACCUUUUCUCUACCAACUAUUAUUUUAUGGGGUAUCAUUUUGCCAACUAUUUGUUUGGUGAAUAUUAUUAGAAAUCGCAAAAAACUUGACAAUAUAAAUGUCCGCCUUACUUAUGGAUUUCUUUUCAAUGGAUUCAAAACUGAACAUUUUUAUUGGGAAUUUAUUAUUCUUUAUAGCAAAAUCAUCUUGAUUUGCUUCUCAGUUUUUUUAACAAAAAUAUCUUUGAAGCUCCAAGCACUUAUAGUAGCUAUUAUUUACUCAAUUUAUUUGCGUUUGCAAUAUUCAAAUAAUCCUUAUACAGAGCAUAAAUUAAACCAAAUGAAAUUGCGCUCAAAGCUAGUUUGUGUUGUUACAAUAUAUAGUGGGCUUUAUUAUUUAAUGGGCUCUUUAAGCUCUGGAGCAAGUAUUUUUUUCUAUGUUAUUAUUAUUAUUAUCGCAAAUCUCUAUUUUUUAAUAUACUGGGCAUUUUAUCUUCUUAAAUUAAUUUUGACUGCCGUUAAAAAAAAAUUUAGCAGCUGGCGAAAUAAAAAUAAGGUUAGAAGUGAAAUUGAAGGAGAAGAUCCAGAUAGAAAGUAUGCUGAUAGCCAAAAUCUACAGAAUAUAAAUUCUUCAAUAGCGUCAAAUGAAAAUUUAUUAAUUGAAAAUCAAGCUUUAAAUUCAGACAAAGAUGCCAGUUAUCAGGAGAUAGCAAGAGAAGCAGAAAACAAUGAAAAAUAA